AUGGCUGAUGCGACACGAGCUGUCAAUUUGCAGAGCUGUGCGAGUGAUCGUCCUACUGGAGACAAACUCCCAGCACGUGUGGACAUAUCGCCGCCACCGCUGAGACGUCAACGCAGUGGACCCGAGCGUACAGUGAAUUUGCGCCAUUUUCAAAGCCAGCGAACAAUGAGCCAAAUGGACCGCCUCACAAUCCGGAGAGAUCCAGAUGUUCUUUACAGUCAUCAGGCUGGGGUCGCCUUCUUCCGUGUAGGCUCAGUGACCAAGAACAUCGGACUGAAAUCGCCAAUACCCCAGGACCACAAAACCGAACUCUCUGCCGAGUCUGUUUGA